AGCGCGGAGGAGCUGCCCAGCGCGCGCACUCGGGGAAGCGCAGCCCGCCGGCUCGGGGCCGCUGGGCCAUGGAGCCACUGCCUGGGCCCGCGCCGCGGCCUGGGACCCGCUGGCUUCUGCUUCUCCCCCUGCUGCUGCUACUGCCCCCGGAGCUGGGCCCGAGCCAGGCCCGAGCCGAGGAGUCGGACUGGGUUCGCCUGCCCAGCAAAUGCGAAGUAUGUAAAUAUGUCGCAGUGGAGCUGAAGUCAGCCUUUGAGGAAACUGGCAAGACCAAGGAGGUCAUUGACACAGGCUAUGGCAUCCUGGACCGGAAGGCCUCCGGAGUCAAAUACACCAAGUCCAUUUCAGAGCACCCAGACCAGAUGACCUAUCUUCCUUCCAGCCCUGACUUCCCGUUGGUGAGAUGCGCAGGUGGAACUCAGCCCCUAUCUUGCUGCUGUCUCGGCAGGGACUUACGGUUAAUCGAAGUCACUGAGACCAUUUGCAAGAGGCUCCUGGACUAUAGCCUGCACAAGGAGAGGACAGGCAGCAACCGGUUUGCCAAGGGCAUGUCAGAGACUUUUGAGACACUACACAACCUGGUACACAAAGGGGUCAAGGUGGUGAUGGACAUCCCCUACGAGCUGUGGAACGAGACCUCGGCAGAGGUGGCUGACCUCAAAAAGCAGUGCGACGUGCUGGUGGAAGAGUUUGAGGAGGUGAUCGAGGACUGGUACAGAAACCACCAGGAGGAGGACCUGACUCAGUUCCUCUGCGCCAACCACGUACUGAAGGGCAAGGACACCAGUUGCUUAGCAGAGCGGUGGUCUGGCAAGAAGGGGGACACAGCUGCCCUGGGGGGGAAGAAGUCCAAGAAGAAGAGCAGCAGGGCCAAGGCGUCCAGUGGCAGCGGCAGCAAACAGAGGAAGGAGCUGGGUGGCCUUGAGGGAGACCCCAGCCCCGAGGAGGAGGAGGGCAUCCAGAAGGCAUCUCCCCUCACGCACAGCCCCCCUGAUGAGCUUUGAGCCUAAGCCAGCAUCCCCUGAGCCGAGACCCAUGCCGUGGAGGUUGAAGAAUCUGUGGCCUGGCUCUGGCAGGCAAAGACAGCUCUCCUGGCCUCGGGUCACCUGCCUCGGCCGUGGCCUCUUCCUGUUGGGGAAAGACACCGGAUCAGCUGCAGUGAGCCCGUGCGGCCUUUUCCCGGUGCCAGGCAUUUCCCUCCUGGCAGGGCUCAGGCAGGCCCUGCGACCCGGGCUGCCGAGAACCUCAGUGUGAACUCAGGAGCAGCAGGUGUCGCUGGGCCCCAGGACUGGAGUCCCUGUGGGGAGGGCACACCUGGCCUUCAUAUCCCCUCACUCCUGCCCCCACGGGGAAGCAAGACUACAGGCCCCAGCUGCUCCUCUCACCCUCCUGCGGACACCUUGUGCUCUGCCUAGCCCUCUCCGGGGUUCACCGAGUAAAAACCUUUUGGCCUUUUUUAUUCUGAUUUCUGAGUCA